GCUGUCACGAUAACACAUGCCAACUUCCUUUUUCAUCGCCGCCACCCACCCAUAAUCGGGUACAACACUCAUAAACAGAUCCCUGUCACGCGCCUGCCCGGUCAGAGCGCAGCGAGCUCGAGCGCGAGGAGUUAUCACUGCCGUCCGGACAGUCCCGACAAUCUUCACAAUCCUACGAGGACUCACCUGACUCUUUAUUGGAGGUAUUAUUAUGGAAUAAGCGAAAGAAAUGGCAUGUACUCUUGUGCUUUGCUGGCAUAUUUAAUUGUUCUUAUAUGAAUUAUCAUUUUGUAAUUAAACGAAGAUGAGCCUGCACCUCCACAUGGAUGCAAUAACGGAAACUAUUCAUUUGACAGGGAAAAACUGGAUUAAAGGGGAAAUGGAAAGUGCAGGUGGAUUUCCUUGGAUGACAUCAUAGUUUACAUAGGCUACGUUGACAUGUAAAUGGCAUUGCGUUUGGACAAUAAAAGGAGCAUAAAGAAGAAAGCUGGAGUUCGUUAUUUAACUAUUUAAGUGCUGUUUGGGAGAAGCGCAUCACUGAAGAUUGACCACAAAUAAUAACUGAAGAAACUCCUGGGACAGAGUUCUGGUGCUGCUUUAUAGUGUAACGUCAGGUGGAUGAAUCUGUUCCCAUGAAUCUGUUCUGUCACAUAACAACGAAACCGUGAAUCUACCUGAUCUCUUGAAUCUACUGUUUCAAGUUUAAUCAACUCUUUCAACCCAGCUGAAUUAAUGUGAUUUGACCUAAUCCUGAAUAGAGCUUGAUCUCACACUGGAAGGUGGUCUCUGACACAAGGAGAUGAAACGAGAACGUUUUAAGCCCCCAGAACCAGAUGACCCUCUGUGUUGCUGUGGUGACAUCGACCAGCAAAGAGAAAACUGUUGCUGUGACUGUGAAGAACUUGAUGAUGCCUGCGAAAGAUUACUCAGAGGAGAGGCAGACAAGCCAGACAUCAUCUCUCGUUUCAUCUCUCGUUUUCCUGAUCGCUUGGGUUUGCCUUGUUGUGCCAUAGGACCCGUUCGAUUGGAGCUCUCGGUUCUACCUCCCAUGGUAUUGCUUCCUGGACUAUUGCGGGUAGCAGCAAUAAAUUGUUUGUUGGGAGUUGUUAUCUUGACCGCCCUACCAGGAUUGGUGUUUUGGUAUUACUACGUAACUCACAGAAGGAAAAGACGCACACAGUUUUUUCUUAGUUUGGCACUCUUCUCUCUUGCCUAUAUGUACUACCUUUUCCUCACUGAAAUCCUUCCCAGAGGAGAUGUAAGUAAUCUGCAGCUGGUUACCGCGACGACGGGCAUGGUGUUGACGCUCAUCUCCCUCGUGCACACCAAACGGGGUCCAGGCUUUGUCAGAUCCCAAGCACAAGCUAUGGGACUCGACAGUAGCUCUACAGCCAAUCAGAGCAAAAACCAAUCAAACGGGGAGAUUGAAGAAAAGGAAAGGUGGUGCCCUGUGUGCCGACUGGUGCGUCCGCCGAGGGCAGGGCACUGCAGGAUCUGCGGGACGUGUGUUCUUCGGAUGGACCAUCAGUGUGUUUGGAUAAACAGCUGUGUAGGGCAAGCCAAUCACAGGCAGUUCCUUCUGACACUCCUUCUUUUCUUGCUGACAUCAUUCUACGGGAUCAGUUUGGUCUUGCGGAGCAUAUGUCCCCGACAGAGUCUAUUUACAGCCAUGUUAUAUUGCCCUGGAGUCUACAACCAAUACAGCACAGCACUGUGCUUCACGUGUGCGUGGUACAGUGUUGUCAUAACAGGAGGUCUGCUCUACCUGUUCAUCCUUCAAGUCAUCAACGUUAGUUAUAAUGUAACAGAGCGGGACGCACAGAUCGCCUUGCGCAACAAAAUGGGCAGACGGCGUUACUGUGGCCUGGUUGUGGAGACUGGAACCUACACACGAGGCUUCCGCCAGAACUGGAUCCAGUUCCUCACCAUGAACACAGAUGAAAAUGAAUCUCCCUUCACAGACAUGGUAUGACGCAAAGAGAGCUCAAACGUGACCCUAGAUGGAAUUUUUAUUUCUUCUGUACUUACAGUAUCUGACAUGUAGAGCACACCUGGAUGUUUGGUUGGCCUGAAAGAGGAACUGGGUCAAAACCUUGUUCGAUCAUGUGUGAAAUGUCUUGUGACACAUUUACCCACACAUUUACUAAAACUGACAGAGUGAAUAAUCUGGACAGAUAAAAAUAUACUUUUUGAUGCUCUUAUUUAUAGGCAGUAUAUGGACAUAUUGAAUCAGGCCUGUCAUAGUAAGACCAUUACUCUGUGUGCAACCACAGCACGGUUUUCACGAAACGAAACUACCUGCUCCUUACAUAACUCAAAGGUUAAACUGCCUGAAACAUCAACACUGAAACAAUGAUAAGCCAUCAAGAGUAUUUUGUAAUCUAAAUUGACAAUCAGAAUUCUUUUGCUUUGAUUUAUAUUGUCAGUCUAAAUGCUGAAGCAGCAAAAUGUAAACUUGUAAUUCUUGUCUUUUUUUAAACAUGCUGCUGAGCACUCUCAGGAAACAUAUCAAAUUUUUAUGUACAUUUUCCAGAUUUGUGUAUUAGUGUUUACUGAACAACAACUAGUCAUUCUAUGCAUAAAUGUACAAUAUAUUAUCUUCUAUUAU